AUGGAUUCUCAAGGAGGACAUUACCUCAACAAAGAAGCUGUGCUGUCCCCUUUAGGAAUAGCCCGAAUGUUCCAGCUACUGUUUGGCUGCACCAUAAUGGCCCUUGUGUCCCACAGCGCAGGCUACAGUGCCAAUUAUGGAAUCUUCUGUAUGUUUGUGUGGUGCUUCUGCUUUGCUGUCACACUGGUUGUUUUCACCUUGGACAUUACACGGCUCCACACUUGUAUGCCGAUUUCCUGGGAUAACUUCACUGUGGCCUUUGCCAUGCUGGCAACCCUCAUGUACAUCACUGCCUCUGUGGUCUACCCCGUUUACUUCCUUCAGACAGAGGUUCCCGAUGAGGAGUGGGAAGUCCAAAUAUACCGCAUUGCUGUUACAGUCUGCUCUGCAGUCUGUUGCUUCCCCUACGCAACUGAGGUGUUCUUAACACGAGCCAAACCAGGGGCUGUGGUUGGAUACAUGGCCACUGUGUCUGGUCUGCUCAAGGUGGUCCAAGGUUUUGUGGCCUGCAUCAUUUUUGGGGCCCUGGCUAAUGACAGUGAGUACAACCAAUACAUUGCCACCCAGUACUGCGUGGUGGUGUACAGCCUGUGCUUCUCUGUCACUGUGAUAGUGGUCAUACUGACGGUUUCUGGUAGGACCUCUGCCCUGCGGUUCCCAUUUGAUCGGUUUGUGGUCAUCUACACCUUCUUUGCUGUGAUCCUCUAUCUCAGUACUGCACUGAUUUGGCCCAUCUUCAGCUUCGACAGGAAGUAUGGCAACACUACUCGUCCCGAGGACUGCCCACGAGGAGAAUGUCCAUGGGAUAGCAAGCUGGUUGUGGCCGUCUUUACUAACGUCAACUUAGUGUUGUAUUUUGUAGAUCUUGUUUACUCCCAGAGGAUUCGCUUUAUCUCUAGUUCUGCUGUCUGA